AUGUCUCAUACUCAACCAUCACCUACCGCGGGUGUAGCUCCUCACCAUGCGGCAGCGCAUCUCGCACAUGCGCAAGCGCAGGCACAAGCCAAUGGUCAUAUGUCCGCGCUCCCUGUUCAAGGUCAAAAGGGAGUCCCUGCUCUCACAACCGCACAGAAGAUCGCCACACUCAAUGAACAAGUCUGGCUUCAAAUAGGAAGCUUGACCGAAUUGAUGGGCGACCUGGAGGGUGCGAUGAAUGCCUAUGAGCAGGCCCUGCGUCACAACCAGUGGUCUAUCUCAGCCAUGAACGCCAUUUCAUGCAUCCUACGGACAAAAGAGCAGUUUCCCAAAGCGAUUGAGUAUUUGCAAAAUAUUUUGAAGUUGGAUCCGAGCAAUGGAGAGACUUGGGGUAGCUUGGGCCACUGCCAUCUUAUGAUGGAUAAUCUGCAAGAGGCAUACACCUCUUACCAGCAAGCCCUGUACCACUUGCGUGAUCCCAAGGAACCCAAGCUGUGGUAUGGAAUUGGUAUCUUGUAUGAUCGCUAUGGUUCUCUGGAUCAUGCGGAAGAGGCUUUCUCGCAAGUGAUGCGCAUGGCGCCCGAUUUCGAGAAGGCCAAUGAGAUCUACUUCCGCCUAGGAAUCAUAUACAAGCAGCAGCAGAAGUUUAAUCAAAGUUUGGAGUGCUUCAAAUAUAUCGUUAGCGAUCCCCCGCGUCCUCUGACCGAAGAAGACAUCUGGUUCCAGAUUGGCCAUGUUCACGAGCAACAGAAAGACUUUGAGUCUGCUCAAUCUGCCUAUCAGCGCGUCCUUGAGCGGGAUCCAAAUCACGCGAAAGUUCUCCAGCAACUUGGAUGGCUCUACCACCAGCAGAGCAAUGCAUUCCAAAGCCAGGAAAAAGCCAUCCAGUUUUUGGAGAAGUCUGUCAAUGCUGAUAACAAUGACGCUCAAAGUUGGUAUCUCCUCGGUCGUUGCUACAUGUCCAUGGCGAAAUACCCCAAGGCGUAUGAAGCCUACCAGCAAGCGGUCUAUCGCGAUGGUCGCAACCCUACCUUCUGGUGCUCGAUUGGUGUUCUUUACUACCAGAUCAACCAAUACCGCGAUGCUCUGGAUGCCUACUCUCGUGCCAUCCGCCUGAACCCUUACAUUUCGGAAGUUUGGUACGACCUAGGCACUCUGUACGAAUCCUGCAACAACCAGAUCGCCGAUGCCCUGGAUGCAUACGGACGUGCCGCAGACCUUGAUCCGAGCAACGUUCACAUCAAAGCUCGUUUGCAGCUGCUUCAGAGUCAGUUGUCUGCUGGCACAGCUGGACAACAGCCGCCCACUGCCCCCGCGCCUCAGCCGCAGGAUGUUCAUCCUCAGGCUUACCAGGCACCCGGCGUUGGUGCACCUCCAGCUCCUCAAUGGGGUGCCCCAGCCCCCAUCGGUCCCCCUCCACAGGCUCCUGCUCCCCCAAGACAGAUUCCUGACUGGAACCGUGGUAUCAACGAGCUUCAGUCUCAGAGCCAAGGUCCCCCAUCCAACGGUCUUGACCAACGCGAUGCUCGGAUCCCCGGUGCGCCCGCUCAAAGUCCCCGACAGGAGGCAGGUCGGGCCUUCCCGGAUCCCCGUGGCGCGCCUCGCUCGCCAAAGAUGGGUGAUCCCAAUGCCUACCCACCGCCUCACACCUUGCCCCAGCUCGGAAAUGCUCCUGCUCCAGGCCACGAACGCGCCCCUAGCGGCGGCAAUACCUUUGGUGCCCCGCGAGGUGCUAUGCCGACUGGCCUGCCCGUCGCUCCUCCUGGUCCUCCUGGUCCUCCCGGUCCCAAUGGCGGUGCUCCUCCUUACCAGAAUCGUCCUUUCAGUCCUGCUCCUGAAAUUCGCCCUAUUCGCGAUGAGCGUCCCUCUUCCCCAGGCUCAGGAUACCCUCUCCAACAGUUCCACCCCGGUCCUACCCUCCCCCCACAAGUUCCAGGCGGUAAUUCCAUCGCCUCCGGUGCUCCGGCCCCUCCUUCAGCUGCUACUGCUGCUGAGGCUGCCGCCCGUGAUCGCGAAGAUCGCCCCCCAUCUGCCAUGAAGCGCGGCCGCGAAUGGGAGGCUGAUACUGGUCCAGUCAAGAAGCAUGAAAAUCAAGAGAGCCGUGCUCGUCUGGAUGACCAGACUAGCCGCCGCCCAAGCCCACCCGCUCGUUUGCCUUCUCCUGGUGAGAUGGAACGACGGAGCUCCUCGGAGGCCCGCCGCGAGGACGCCCGUCGUGCCAAUGAGAACUAUCACCCCUCAGAGGCUGCUCACCACCCUCCUACUCUGCCUUCCAUUCAAGACAUGCCUCCCCGCCCUUCUGCUGGUCCCAGUCUUCCUCCGAUGGCUGAGGGCGCUGCCCCGCCAGCUAACGCUCCCCCCUCUGCACCUCCUUCCGCCAACACCCCAGUCAAGGAAGAAGCUCCUCGCCCUGAGGCUCCCCCUGCUCAUGAGCCACCCGCGCGCAAGAUGGACGUCGAUGAAGACUAUGAUGAUGAAGUUGAGGAAGAGAAGAAGGCUGUUGCUGCUUCCAAGGGUAGCCCCAACGGCAGCGCUGCUGGCAACUCCGCUAAUGGUGCCGGCAAUGCCCGUGCCAAUCGUCCUCCCACCACCUCGACGACUAACGAUAACAGGGUCAAGAUGAGUCACCGGAAGUUCGAAGCGCCUCGUCACGGCUCCCUUGCCUACCUCCCGCGCAAGCGCGCUGCCCGCCACCGUGGUAAGGUUAAGAGCUUCCCCAAGGAUGAUGCCAAGAAGCCCGUCCACCUUACUGCCUCCAUGGGCUACAAGGCUGGUAUGACCACUGUCGUCCGUGACCUUGACCGUCCCGGUGCCAAGAUGCACAAGAAGGAGAUUGUCGAGGCCGUCACCGUCAUCGAGACCCCUCCUCUCGUUGCCGUUGGUGUCGUCGGUUACAUCGAGACUCCCCGUGGUCUCCGCUCCCUCACCACCGUCUGGGCUGAGCACCUGAGCGAUGAGGUCAAGCGUCGCUUCUACAAGAACUGGUACAAGUCCAAGAAGAAGGCCUUCACCAAGUACGCCAAGUCCCACGCCGAGAGCUCCGGUGCCUCCAUCACCCGCGAGCUUGAGCGCAUCCAGAAGUACUGCACUGUCGUCCGUGUGCUCGCCCACACCCAGAUCCGCCAGACUCCCAUCAAGCAGAAGAAGGCCCACCUUAUGGAGAUCCAGGUCAACGGUGGCUCCGUCUCCGACAAGGUCGACUUCGCCCGCAACCUCUUCGAGAAGACCAUCGAUAUCGAUUCCAUCUUCGAGAAGGACGAGAUGAUUGAUGUCAUCGCCGUCACCAAGGGUCACGGUUUCUCCGGUGUCACCUCCCGUUGGGGUACCACCAAGCUGCCCCGCAAGACUCACAAGGGUCUGCGUAAGGUCGCCUGUAUUGGUGCUUGGCACCCUAACCACGUCCAGUGGACUGUGGCCCGUGCCGGUCAGGACGGUUACCACCACCGUACCUCUUGCAACCACAAGAUCUUCCGCAUUGGCAAGGGUUCCGAUGAGGGUAACGCCUCCACCGAGUUCGACAUCUCCAAGAAGCAGAUCACCCCCAUGGGUGGCUUUGUUCACUACGGUGAGGUCAAGAACGACUUCGUCAUGGUCAAGGGCUCCGUUCCCGGUGUCAAGAAGCGUGUUAUGACUCUGCGCAAGACUCUGUACCCCCAGACCUCCCGCCGAGCCACCGAGAAGGUCGAGCUCAAGUGGAUCGAUACCUCCUCCAAGUUCGGUCACGGUGCUUUCCAGACCUUCGAGGAGAAGAAGGCCUUCAUGGGUACCCUCAAGAAGGACCUUGUGGAGACUGUUUAA